AUGGAAGCAGACAAAAUGGAUAAGUCAAAAGGAGACCAAGGGAAACAAGAAAAUAAAACCAACCCACUUAUAGGAAAAGGCAAGCAGGCUGUUAUCCAAUCCAAUGAGAAAGUGCAAAUUCAACAAGAAAAGGAGCAGCAAGAGCAAGAAGACCAGUGGAAGACUCAGAGAAGAAAACAACAUAAAAACCAGGAGCAGGCCAAUGCCAAGACUGAGUGGAGACCUAGAGCACCUCAACAUAAAGAAAGCAAGGAACAGGUUCCACAGCAACCACCACAAAUAGGUACAAUUCACAUUGUUCCCACUCAAAACAUUUACAGUGAUUUAGAAAUGCAGGAACAAGCUAGCACAGAUGAGGCUGGAAAGGACAUCAAUAAUAAGACAGUUGAGCAAGAAGACCAAGCAAAGUACGAAUCAAUAUCUGGAGGGAUGGAUGGAGGGAUAAAGGAGAAACCAACUAAUCUGCAAGAUGGGGUAACCAAAGGGAGGGAUAUGACUCAUGUUCUGCAUGAGGGGGAAUACCCUGACCACCCUAGAGACUGUAGAGCUCCUGCAACCCCUCAAAACAGGAAGACUCAGGCACAGCAUCAGCAAGCAGAUGAUCAACUUAUACAGGGCAUAAACAAUGGAGAUCAAGAUGCAGGAACUAGUAAUCAGGGACAGCUACAACAUGGUAUUGAUGGGAAGCAUAACAAUAAUAUUCAACAGGAGAUGGAAAGGACAAAUUGUCAGACUCCACAGAAUAUUAAGAAUACAGGGGAAGCAACUGAUAAACCACUUAACAAUAAAUCUCAAGCUAGGUUAAGUAAAAAAAGGAGACAUGCAAUCAAAAAAAGACAACAAAGGGAAAGAGGCUCUGAAAUUGGACAGCAGGGGCAGAAUGAGAUUGAAGAGGAGUUUGAUGAAUAUGGGGUUGACAUUUCUGAGGUUGAAUAUGACCAAGAUACUCAAUCCAUAGAUGACAAUGAGGAUGAAGAGGAAGGGAUCAACAACCAUUUAAUUAAGGCCUUUGGUUCCAUAUUUCAUACUGAAAAUGAAGAAAAGGUCAAAGAGGUCACAGGGAAACAAGGCCUAUCUCCUAGAGGAAGGAAGGACACGAGACAAAUCAUGAAAUCCAACAGUAAAUCUACUACCAUUAGCAGACCAAAUACUAGAUCUAAAAGAAGAGGUUUAUGA